UUUCUUACCAGAGCCUAUAUCAACCAGCAACUACGAAAUUGUUCAAUUUGAGCAAAAUGUCACUGUUAUCGAGUGAAUUGGCUAGGAUUUUACCUAAUCCUGAGUCCGACGAGGAAGAGGAAGAUAUAUAUGUCCCUGAAGAAUCACCAAAAAAAGAAAGCCAGGAUGUCAUUCGUAAAUCCGUUCCUCCUUACUUACAUAGAAAGGGAUGGAUUCCAUCCUCUUUAGAAGACUUCGGCGACGGUGGAGCGUAUCCAGAGAUUAAUGUAGCUCAAUAUCCAUUAGAUAUGGGAAGGAAACCGAUGAGUACAUCUUCAGGGCGCUCACUUGCUCUUCAAGUCACCUCUUCAGGAGGUGUUGAUUACGGUGCUAUUGCGCGUCAAGGACAUGAACAUGGCGAGCUUGUACAGUCGAGUUUUCAGGACCUAAUUCCUUUGAGAGCUCGUAUCGGUGUGGGUGAAAUCUCAGUCGAAAAACCCCCCGAAGAAGAAAAGCAACUGGUUGCAAAGAAAACUAAAGCUGCUCUUGAAAAGAUUGUAACUGGUAAAAUCUCGCAGUCUCAACCUAAAAGUGCUGUCGUGCAGAAACCCGAUGAUCCUGUUUAUAUUCGUUAUACGCCAAGUAAUCAGAUGGGCCAAGCUCCUAGCAAGCAGAGGAUCAUUAAACUUGUUACAGAAGAGCAAGAUCCCAUGGAGCCACCAAAGUUCCGCCACAAAAAAGUUCCACGUGGUCCUCCUUCUCCUCCUGUGCCAGUAUUGCAAUCUCCGCCUCGUAAAGUGACUGCAAAAGAACAACAGGAAUGGCAGAUUCCUCCGAGUAUAUCCAACUGGAAGAACCCCAAAGGCUAUACCAUUCCUUUGGAUAAACGUCUGGCUGCUGAUGGACGUGGUUUAAACGAUGUGGAAAUCAGCGAUGGUUUUGCAAAGUUUUCUGAAGCUCUGUUUACAGCGGAACGUCAAGCUCGUGAAGAAGUACGUUAUCGAGCUAUAAUGCGUCAAAAAAUGGCAGAAAAAGAGAAACAAGAGAAAGAACAGCGGUUAUUUAUGCUUGCGCAGAAGGCUAGAGAAGAGCGGACGGGUCAUGUUGCUGAAUAUCAGUCCCGCCCUCGCUCUCCUAGCGCGUCUGGCGAAAGAUAUCCAUCCGAGUCUCCGGCAAACAGUGAAUCAGAAAUCCCUGAAAACGAGGAAGAGGAUGAAGGACUGCGCAGACGUGAGGAAAUUCGUCAUGAAAGAAGACGCCAAUAUGAGAAAGAGCUUCGACUUAAUAGAAUGGGUGCUGAGAAAAGAGCCCAGCUUACCGGUGCUGACCGUCCUCGUGAUGUAUCUGAAAGAGUAGCACUUGGUUUAUCAAAACCUUCUAUGUCUAGUGAAACAAUGAUUGAUAGUAGAUUAUUCAACCAAGCUUCAGGAUUAGGGUCAGGAUUUCAGGACGAAGACUCUUACAAUGUGUACGACAAGCCUUGGAGGGCUGCUCCAGCAUCCACUCUUUAUAGACCUGGUGCUAGCUUGGGCCGGCAUGUUGAUGCUUCUGCAGAAUUAGAACGAAUAACUUCAGAAAAUCGUUAUGAUGUGCUAGGAUCAGUUCACAAAAAGUUUAAAGGAAUGGAUGAAACAUCUCAGAAUGCAUCCGGUCCUGUAGUUUUUGAAAAGGAUGUUGAUCCUUUUGGCGUAAAUAACUUUUUGGAUACCGUCUCCUCUUCGAAAAAGUGAAGCUUGCUAUUGAAGCUUGUUAAUGAUUUCUGUAUAAUAUGCUAUGACUAGUGGACUAAUGGGCUUUAUCGAGCAUUUCAUGAUAAAUCGUGGUCUUUUUGAUUAAUUUACAGAGAAUUAUUUAAAGAAAUAAAAUUAAAAGGAUUACAAGGGUAUACAGAUAUUCUAAGGCUGUGAAAAAUUUCAAGUCAUUCUAGAC